AUGUCAACCUCAACAACCGACCCUCCAAACCCUCAAAAGCUAGCCACCAUCUCCGCCGAAGCUGCCAAAGAAUACGCCCACAAGAACUACUCCAAAGCCGCCGAACUCUACGCCACAGCCGCCGAACUCCAAGCUCUCGUCAACGGUGAAGAAAAUCCCCAAAACGCCGAUCUCCUAUACCUCUACGGCCGUUCUCUGUACCACUGCGGUCUCGAAAAAUCAGACGUUCUAGGAACGGGAGUCGGUAACAGUGAAGCUGCGCGUGAAAAAAAACGUGCACAACAAGAAGAGGGUGGUAAAGAAACAGGAAAGGGCAAAGGGAAAGCAAAAAGAAAGACCGGAACGGGCGAUGAAGAACUCAAGGAGAGCGAUAAACUUAAGAAGGGUGGUGUAUUUUCCUUCCAAGGCGACGAUAACUACGAUGUAGACGACGAUGAAGAUUACGAAGACAUCGAUGAUGAGAACACAGCCGGCGGUGGUGAGGGCGACGGAGAAGGAGAAGAAGAAGACGACGAUGAUUUUACGCUAGCAUGGAAUAUCCUCGACCUCGCCCGUGUAUUCUUCAACAAACGCCUCGAAGCCGCAACAGAAGAUGCGGAGACUUUGAAAAAGAUCAAAGAACGAUUAGCAGAUGUGCACGAUAUCCUCGGAGAAGUAUCAUUGGAAUCCGAGUCAUUCAAACAGGCUUGUGUGGAUUUGGAAGAGGCCUUGAAGAUAAAACUCGAACUGUACCCAACAGAAUCUACAUUGAUCACAGAAGCGCAUUACAAGCUUUCCUUGGCACUGGAAUUCGCAUCACAAGGUGGCGGGGAAGGAGAUGCGGAUAAUGAGGUUUCACCGGAGGAGCAGAAGAAAGGCAGGGAUGAAGCAGUGAAACAUAUGAAAUCCGCCAUCGCAAGUUGUAAAAAGAGGGUGGAGGCGGAGGAAACCGCUAUUAAGUCAGCAGACGGGGAUAAAGUCGGUGACAAACCAAAGGAUGAAGCCGAGAAGUCGGUCGAAGAGGGCAAGGAUUUGGUCAAGGAACUUGAAUUGAGAUUGAGGGAUCUUAUGACACCGCCACAACCCACCAAGCCGGCAAAUCUAGGGGAGGAACAAAUGGCGGGUAUAUUGAGUAGUAUCAUGUCCGGCAGCUCGGAGGAUGCGAAAAAGAUGUUUGAAAAUAUUAUCAGCGGGGCGAAUGAUAUUUCCGGAUCUGUACGAAAGAAGCCAAAGGCACCAGAAGCUGGACCUUCGUCUGCAGCUUCAGGUUCGGGUACUUCGAACGGUGCUGGCGCAAAGCGAAAGGCAGAAGACGACACCCCCGUCGUCCAAGAAGAGAAACCGGUGGUCGCAGCAACUGGCAACAGCAAGAAACCAAGAGUUACCACAGAAGAAGAAGAGAAAGCAGCCGAAGAAGGAACCUUGGUUCCUUAA